UCGAGAUCGAACAAGCGCACACAACAAACGCCCCGUUGUGAUGGUGUCCAUGCUGCCGUUGCGCCGCGCCUUCUUCGUCGGCAGCCUCCUCCUUCAUGGAGCUGUUGCCCAAGUAGACAGCGCUCCACUCCAGGAUGUAAACGUAGAUGCUUUGGGCAACAUUCAAGCCUCUGUGAGUGAUGCAUCGGCCGAGGCGGGAGGUGAAGGUGAGCCACUGGUGGUCGCAGUCGCUACGACUCUUGCGCCGGCUCCAGUCAUCGACGACACAGCCAUCAAGGAGUGCCAGGCUCGCGUGGAAGAGCUCACUCUCGAGAACGCCGUCGCGGCUAAGCAACUGACGGCGGCCACGGACCUGGCCAAAGCGGCACAAAAGUCCAUGGAGCAGGAGGCCAAGGAGAACAUUCGCGCCCAGUCGGAGCUGACUGCGUACAAGCGCAGCCACAUUGACGCCAUGGCGGCGGAAGUCCAUGCCCGCGAAGCCGCCGAGCUCGAGUUGGCGACGCAGAAAGAAACGUCGCUCGCGAUUGCCAAAGAGCUGGAGGCGCAUAAACUGGCAGUCGACGGCCUCAAGGACGAGCUGUCCAAGGCGAUCGAGCGAUCGCUCGAGCUCAAGCGCGCCGAGGGCAUCGCGGCCACAGCACUCAUGGAAAAGGUCGUCGCAUUUGAUCUCCUGAACGAAAAGUACGUGGCCCUUCAAGGCGUGUACAACGACGCGCUCGAGCACUUGGCGCAUCCGAUGCUGUCCGAGUAUUUGUCGGCGCGUGGCAAAGAGCUGGGUGAGAUGCGGCCGGAGCUGCGGGCGGCCCUCGAAAAGGCGAAAGCGGUCAUGGCCCUGCCGCCAAACGUUCUGGAAAAGAUCGACCGCGGCAAGAAUGCGAUCCUGCAGGGUCAUGAACACCUCCGUAGCGGCGUCGCGCCGUAUGUAGGUGACGUGCACGCCAAUUCGGUGAGCUUGGGACUGGUCGUGUUUAUGAUGGCGCCGCCGCUCUAUCUCGUCUACCGCUUCCUUCAGAGCGUCCAGCGCGCGCUGCAAGCCCACCACUUUGUUCUUGUACUCAACUUUGUCGCGGCGAGCUACUUUGCCGUCGUGGGGGCGUCCUCGCUCCUGUACCACGACGACGUCCUCCGCAACUUGCAAAAGCACAACCCACCGUCGUACGCGCUGCUCCAGUUCACCACGCUCGGCAUGUUCGCCGCGCAGCUCUGGUGGAGCGGCGUGGUUGUCUUUGUCGCAUCGGCGGACUCGCGGAUCAAGUAUGCUCAACUGGCUCAUCUAGCCGCCUCCGUCGGCGUUGUUGUGCAUUACUACAACCACGUGUGGGCGCUGGCGAUGCUCGACCAAGAACAUCAAGUGCACGACAGCCUCUUCUUUGUCUACGCCGUUGUGUAUGCAACAGGCCUCGUCCCGGCGUUCCUCAGCGGCGCCAAAGCCGCCAACAGCGUCCACGCCUCCAGUCGAUUCGUGGACAGCUUGAAGCGGUCGUGAGCCGUCGCUGGUCGCUUUCUACGGAGAUUGGCGGUACUGAAUGGCAAGUAUGACCCUUUGCUGCUAGCUAGCCAUUGCGUAUGUGUGACAAAACAACGUUCCUGCGAUUGCUCGCUCGCUGGCCUUGAUCACCUCUACGUCGUCGACCACCUCGCUGGCUCAGCUUGCGCACCAACCCUGCUCUGUCGAGCCGUAUUUCGGUGACUAGGCGGUGAC